AUGCCCAUAAAAAUGGUGAAUACGGGUCGCGGCCGUGGCCGUGGCCGCGGCGGUGGUACGGCUCGGGGACGAGGAGGCGGACGUGGUGGUUCGAAGAAACUGUCUGCUACACCUGCCCCUAAAGCUACAACGACAACUUCGCAGACUACUAGAUCCAGAUCCAAUGCUACUACUCGACUCUCUGCUUCAGAUACACCUGGACCCAAUCAUACUGCCCGUGUAGCUACGGCACCAGCGUCUUCGUCGGCACAGAAGCUCAAGUUAAACUUUAGUGCAACGCGUGCUGGCUCAAGCGCUGGGCGCACAUCAUCGAAUACCCAGGCUCGUCAUGAGCGCAAUUCCAGUAAGGAUAACGAGAAAGCGGAUGGAGAGCCCUCAGCACCGUUGCUUCAAGGCGAUGACGUUGAUGGAGAGCAUGAGUCGGAUGAUAGGGUACCUAGCGAGAAUAUCGACACGGGCGCCCGUCGCAGCGGCAGGGUAGUCAAGAAAUUACGCCAUGAGGACUUUGACUAUGGAAGUGAUGUUCCCCAGGCAGCAGAGCCGGAGCAGAAGCGAGGGAAGAGCUUCAAGCCACAUAAUGUCCAAGUCUUUCAGGUUACCAAACCCUCUCGCAGAAAGCGUGGUCGUUCUUCCAGGCCAUCACCAGUGCCGAAAGCAACACCUCAGGCCGCUCCAGACGUUCAGGUCUCAUCCAGUCCCACAUCCGCAAGUCCUGUUAUCCAUGAAAUCCACAACCUUCAAAUCGAACCGAAGGUCCUCGAAAUCAUGACCCACGUCAAAUCAUCACCGGAGACCCUUGCCGAGUUACCAGAACUCCACAAUGACAAGAACUCAGUGACACCGUACACAGGGACACAACUGAUGCACCUGUACCUCACUGCCCACAACCUGAAGCUCUUCGACAUCUGCGACCUAGUCACCGACACCUGGAUUCGCGCCUUGCACACCCAACGCCGCCGCGACGCACGCGCAAACUCCUCAGGACUCUGGCGUCCCAACCACGUACUCGAGAAACGACUGACUCGCUACCUGAACGCGCGCAACGAAGGCCGUAUCCCGGACGACCCCAUGGAGUUUGAGCGCAACCCGCCCGACUACAAUCUCUCGGUCCAAGACCCAAGACUGGAUCCAGAUGUACUUUCCUUUGACUCCACGCUCCUAGGCGAACUCUACACGCACACGCCUUCAGACUGCGGCGCACGACGUCUUUGGUCGGAUGCUAUUACUCUAGCGGGCGACAAGGCGGCGCACAUGUUUGCUAACAGUACGCAUCGCGGUUUUGUCUGGAAUCAGGAGCUGAAGGAUGAUGUUAUGAAGACGAGUUUGAGGAUGCUGAGGCGUAAGAUUACGUUGAAGAUUGAGGAGAGUACGGAGGGGGCUUGGUGUGAUCGGUACCAUGAGCAUGGAAAAAAGGGAAUCUGCUACCGGGCGAAGGCGGCGCAGGAGGCGAGACGUGAGGCAGAACGGGAAGCAGAACGUGCGGAAGAGGGACAGGUGGAGGCGAAUGCAGGUUGGAGUAGCAGUAGUGAUGAAGACAGUGAUGGGAUGGAAGACAUGAUUCUGAAGGAACUUGAGAAUGAUGAAGGUGACGAAGACAGGGAGGGGAUGGGCGCAAAGAGGCAGAGAUUGAUGUAG